GUCUUUAUCAAGCACCCCGUUGUGCCAUAGAUGAAUGCCUGGAAAUGAUAUUUUCCACCUAGUAAUCUCAUUUUAUCCAAUAAAGUCCAAUUCUUUUCCAAUCCUUUCCGACAUAUAUGUGGAUAGUACCAUCCCACUUCCAACACGUCACUGACCAUCCCAUACUCUCUUUAAUCUGCAUUUCUUCCUAUAUUUUCAUCACCACCUUCAUAUUCCCUUCUAGAACAACAUUCACACACUCUUCAGCCUCAGUAAUCGGUAAUCCACCAUCAGGGAAACUUGUAAUGGAAUUAUGAACUUGGGGCCAAGUGUUAAGAAACAAGCUAUCCGAAAUUAGGGGUUGAUAUCUGAAAUAUCAGAAUCAGCUAAUACUGAAGUUACAGGAAGCAUUGUAAGAGAUAUGACCAACUUUUAUGUUAUGCUCAAGCACCCUGGAGGAGCUUCUGUCUCCAAGAGAGAAGCCAUUCAACCAAUAUCUACAAAGGGACAAAAGUUUCAUGCUAUCCGGUUAUACCCUGAUCCAGACUCAAUUUGCUGUGCCUCGUGCGUAAAAAGAACUAGUUGCAAAAUUGUUCGUACCAAAACAAAGUUGAUGAACAUUUUGCUCGAAAAAGGGAAGGCUGAAGAUGCACAGUCAAUUUUCGAGCAGUUAAUUGAAGAUGGUCAUGUUCCAUCACUAAUAUCAUACACUACUUUACUAGCCGCCUUAACCAUUCUCAAACGCUUUGAAUUCAUACACCCGAUCAUUGCUCAAGUUGAAAAAAACGAAAUGAAACCCGAUUCUGUGUUCUUCAAUGCUGUCAUAAACGCAUUUGCGGAGUCGGGAAAUAUGGAGGAAGCUAUGAAAGCAUUACAGAAAAUGAAAGAAAAUGGACACAGAAUAAGUACCAGCACUUACAACACUUUGAUGAAAGGAUUUGGCAUUGCUGGUCAGCCGGAAGAAUCAAUGAAACUGCUUGAGCAGAUGUUGAUUAUUGGAUCAGCGAGGCCCAAUCUUAGGUCAUACAAUGUGUUGGUUAGAGCUUGGUGUAGCACGGGUAAUAUUGCACAAGCGUGGAAUGUGGUUCAAAAAAUGAUGGCUUCCGGAUUGAAACCUGAUACGGUUACUUAUAACACGCUUGCUACAGCAUAUGUUCAAAAUGGCAACACUAAGCUUGCAGAAGAGAUCAUAUUGGAGAUGCAGCGGAGCAAUUUACAACCCAACGAAAGAACCUGUUGUAUCGUAGCAAGUGGGUAUUGUAGAGAAGGUAAACUGAGGGAUGCCUUAAGAUUUGUGCAUAAGAUGAAAGGACUUGGCGCGCGUCCUAAUCUUGUUGUUUUCAAUUCACUGAUUAAAGGAUUUCUCGAUACCACAGAUAGGGAAGGGGUUGACGAGGUUUUGAAACUAAUGGAAGAAUUUGGAGUGAAACCAGAUGUUAUAACAUGUAGCACAAUCAUGAAUGCAUGGAGUGCUGCUGGUUUCAUGGACAAGUGCCAGGAAAUAUUUGAUCAUAUGGUCAAGUCCGGAAUCAAGCCAGAUGCUCAUGCAUAUAGCAUCCUUGCUAAAGGAUAUACGCGUGCAAAGAAACCCGAAAAGGCUGAGGAGCUACUAAACCAUAUGAUAAAUAUGGGUCUUCAUCCUAAUGUUGUGAUGUUCACAACUAUCAUCAAUGGAUGGUGCAGUCAAGGAAAAAUGGAAUGUGCGAACAAAAUCUUCGAGACAAUGUGUGAAUACGGGGUAUCACCAAAUCUGAAAACCUUCGAAACCCUAAUAUGGGGAUACGGAGAAGCAAAACAACCAUGGAAAUCUGAAGAAAUGCUUCAGAUGAUGGAAGAAUUCGGCAUACAGCCCGAAGAAAGCACUUACACACUCAUCGCUGAAGCUUGGCAGGCAGCUGGAGUAGCUAAAGAAGUGGGGAGAGUUCUUGUUUCAGCGAGAAACCGAUCAAGGUCAGAUCAGAUAAACGACAGUGAGGAGUUUACGGUGGAAAAUCCCGAAAAUAUACAUCAGAAACAACUACCAAAUUCUUAUUCCGACAUUUUGCUGACACCCAACGGAAUUGUGGGUGAUUCAAAAGGGUUUGGCCCUGGAACGAUGAAAAGUAGUAUGGUAGUGAGGGAUGCAUCAGACUCUUCGUGGAGUACUGCUGCUAAACCGAUCAAUGCUGCUCAAGCUUGUCGAUUUGGGACCAGACUACCAAUCAUUUGUCAGAAACGAUCUCAUGGGCAGCUAGGUUUGUACAGUCACCUUGCUCUUUCAUGUACAUUGGUCUUCUUCAACUAAGGAUUUGAAUGUCUCGUUUCAAGAAUUUUACUAAGGUGAAUAUUCACCUGACACUUAUUACUUGUAGAUACCACUGAAGUUUCUUUGUUCCCCUCAAGUCGAAACACCAUGCUUAGCUCGUUAUUAAAGGGGGUUGUGCAGAAACCCGAAUUUACUGUAAAUGGCUUUUGAAAUGUGGACAAGAUUCAUAUUACUUAAUGAUCUGUUUAUUUUGGUCUUA